CCCGCCAUGGCGCCCUCGUUGAGCCUGCGCCCUCGCACCGCCAGCGACCGCCCGUCCACCAGAGACAAUGCCGACCACAGCCUCAUCAUCCCCAGCCGCACCUCGUCUCUCCACUCGAGGAUCACCCAGCCGCUCCCCCCGACCCUCAACAUCAAGCAGGGCUCCAGGAGCCCCAAGACGCUCACCCAUGCCUACAUGGUGUGUGGCGUUGGCCGCGAGCCCUCGCAAUGGGUCAAGGCACCUGCUCCCGCCCAGGGCAAGAUUGGACACAUGAAGGGUGCCGUGGGCACUUUUUGGCUUCCCGAGAUCCUGGGCAGCAGCCCGCGACUGGAGCAAGACAAUGAAAUCGCAAGAUCUCUCCACUCGGCCAUGAGGGCAUGUUUCCCUCACGAUGUCGAGAUUUGCACUGGCAGGAGCCAGCCGCACUGCGUACACCACUCAUUUGUCCUGCAGCAGGAUUCUUCCCAUACCCUCUACGGUAUUGCGCUGCGUGUCUGGUCGCGCGCCGAUGAGAAGAGAGCCGAGACGAUUCGCGACCUGCGCAAGCGCAUCGAGCCCGACUUCUACGACAACCCAGAAGAGACGUACUGGAUCCCCUACUGCCUCAGUUUCCUCUCCCGGUACCCCUUGUACAACCUGCUUGGCGACUACUUGCGCGGCAUGUGGAUUCACUGGAACAAGGCCACCAACCUGUUCCACGCAGAGGAGGUAUCUCGCAUCCUGAGUUUCCCUGCCCCGCGCCUGAACGACCUGGUUCGCAUCGACAUGAAGGACUACGCCCUGUGCUACCAGUUCCCCUCAUCGCCUACCGGCUUCCAAAACUUCGCCAUGUGGCCCCUCUUCACCUGUCUGUCCAUUCCCAACAUUGUGGGUGUGAUUGAGGCGGCUCUGUCACCCACUCGCCGCAUCAUUUUCACCAGCCACUACCCCGCCAUGCUCACGGUUGCGGCAGAGACGAUCCGCUUUUGCGUAAGGGUGUACGAGUGGAGCGGUCUGUACGUGCCCGUGGUUCAUGCGCGUCACGUCAAGGACCUGGUGCAGGAGCCCGGCCCGUACAUUCUGGGUGUAACGUCGGAAUGCCGCUCGCUCUUUACGGCCCCAACAGAUGCCCUCGUUGUGGAUCUGGACCGCAACUUUGUCCUGACCUCGAGCCCUCCGACCGCCCUGACAGCCGGUCAGCGCACCAAGAUGAUUACUCGUCUCACACAGGCCCUCAAUGGCGAGGUCGCGCCAACUGGUGUGCCACAGCAUCUGCGAUCUGCUUACGGCGGCGGUAAGCUCGUUCCCGCCGGUCAAAUCAUUGUCAUGCGCGGCGAGGUCGAGAGCAUCCAAGACCCCGACUGGUGGUCGCAAGACGCGGUCAUGUCGGUCAUGGACCACGUGUGUGAGAAGCUCGGCCGAAACACUGGUGUCAAGGCACUCUUCGGCGGUUCUGUCAAGAAGCCAUUGAUGACCAAGGUCUCGAUGCGCCAUUUGAACGAGAUUGUGCGCGAGCGCAAUCAAUACUCACGUGACGCACAAGAAGCUUGGACAGACUUCAUCAACCUUAAGCAGCGCUUGGACAGCGAGCUUGGUAAGGUUACCAAGCGCAACAACUUCCUGGUCGAGGAGCUGGAGAGCUGGAAGCAGCAGUUCCUCAAAUUCCAGGCUUUCGCUGAGCAGCUCACCAAGGAGACUCAGGACCUCAAGGUAAAGAUUGAGAACCACAAGCGCGAGAACCGUCGUCUCACUAGCCUCAUCGAUCAGCAAAAGGACGACGCCGCAAGGCUUACUGUUCGCCUGUCCGGUACUGAGAAGCAGCGCGACGACGCCCUCGAAGCCCUCGUGCUCCAGCAAGAAAUUGCCGAGGAGCUUGAGCGCGAGAGGAAGAAGAACAAGAAGGAGCUCAGUGCUCUCCAGCACACCAACACCGCCAUUCUCCGCCAGCGCGACGAGGCACAACGUGUUGUGCUUCACCUCCGUGCCCUCAUCGAGGGCCAGACGCACCACAUGGAGCACAUUGUCAAGUCGCUCAACCAGGACGACAUGUCAAACUACAUGGACGCCGGCUUCGAGGAUGUGCCUGAAGAGGACGAGGAGGAUGAGGAGGUGGACCCCAAGGGUCGCGCAACCAGCCGCAGCUCCGCCAAGGACAAGUCCGAGGUCGGUACCAUCCGUGGCGUGGCUGGCGUCGAUAGCCGCCAGGACUCACGGGCAAGCACCGCCCAAGGCAAGCACCUCGACGGCGAAGACGUCACACCCGACAUGGAGCAGCGUCUCUUCAACAGCCCUGCGCGAAACUCGAAGCGUUUCUCAAACCAGUCCAUGGUCGACGUGGCCGACCGCGUCCUCCGCGACAAGACGGAUGCUAUUGCUUACAUUAUCCGCAACAUCUCGGAACAAUGCGCCGCCGCUGUCGAGGGCCUCCAGCUCGCCCAGCGCGCCGAUACCGAAGAUGACAACCACAGCGACCGUCGCAGCAGCGUUGGUCAAAUGUCCCUGCACGGUGGUCGUGUUCAAUCGAGCCAAGGCAGCGACUAUGGCGACGAGGACAGCAUGCUCCGUCCUGGCCGCGGAUCCAGCAUUCCUCCUACACCCGACCUAAGCCACAGGUCCAGCACAUCCAUGUCCAUGGCGAGCGCCAGCACAACACCAGACCGGUCAAGCCUGCAGCACCGAUCGCACGACGUACCUGUUGUGCCAACACGCAUCUUGGAAGACGACGACGAUGUCGACGGCAGUGGUAACAACGACCUCCAGGCCGACAUGGUUCCCGUGUCCAAGUACGCUCAACCGCUUAGGCAGCCCCACAGCUCCAUCCGUCACAUGUCAUCGCGUUAAGUAAAAAGCGUGGAGGAGACAUGGUUCUCAUCUGGCAUUGUUCCCAUUUCCUUUAUUUCCACAACCUUGAUUUAUCAUUAGCGAUCGAAACGAGAUUAGCAUUGAUGCCCUUUUCCUUUCUAGUUCCCAAAGGCGUUUGUGAGAGACAGUGAGAGAGAGAGAGAGAGAGAGACAGGGCGAGAGAGUAUUAUUUCCUUUCUUCUUCUCUUGUAACCCUUCUAUCGAUACGGCCCAGUGCCCGUGAAUCAACC